CCAAUUUUGUACGGUAAGGCACAUAAGAGCAAUGAAACUUGGGCAAAGUGGAAACAAUACAAGAGAAAGCAAGAGCUUAGAAGCCACGCCUCUUUCGUCCUUUUUUGCUUUGCUUCCAUCUUUACUCACUCACUCACUCACUCUAUAUAUUGUGCAAACGAGCCAACAUUAAUUCCUUGAGUGACUACAAUUCCAAAGAAAACAAGAAUAUGGAGGAGGGGUUGUUAGGAAUAGUAGGAGGCUUGAGGCACCUUUUGGUUACAAUAUUCUUGACAAGUUUAGGAGGCGUAGUAACCAUGCCGGUUAUGACGGAUAUCUCAAUCGCCGCCCUCUGCCCCGGCCAGGAUCAAUGCUCCCUUGCCAUCUACCUCUCCGGUUUCAGCCAAGUCAUGAGUGGAGUGGGAUCAGUGGUGAUGACGCCAUUAAUAGGGAAUUUAUCGGAUCGAUAUGGCAGAAAAGCUUUGAUCACUCUUCCUCUUAUGGUCUCCGUCAUUCCUCAAGCCCCACAUUUUCACAAGCAGCAGUAGUUUUGUUCUUCAAUAGUCUUGCAGAUGGUGGCUUGAUGGCUUCAUUGUUGUAUUUUUUGAAAGCACGUUUCCAAUUCGACAAGAACCAGUUUGCGGAUUUGAUGAUGAUUUCAGGAAUAGGAGCAACGCUUACACAACUACUUUUGAUGCCAAUAUUAAUACCUGCUCUAGGAGAAGAGAAGUUGCUCUCAACAGGGCUCUUAGUUAGCUGCAUCAAUAUGUUUGUGUACAGCAUAUCUUGGGCAGGAUGGGUUCCUUAUGCUCUAGCAGGUUGUUCUAUUUUUGGGGUUUUUGUGCGCCCAAGUAUAUGCAGCAUUGCAUCCAAACAAGUUGGUCCUAAUGAACAGGGAAUGGUUCAAGGAUGUCUCUCAGGAGUUAGUUCCAUGGCGCAAAUCGUUUCUCCCUUAAUAUUCAGUCCACUCACAGCAUUAUUCUUGUCUGAAGAAGCACCCUUUUAUUUUCCUGGGUUCAGUAUAAUGUGCCUUGGCCUUGCAAUGGUUGUUGCAUUUAUACAGAGCUUGAUGAUCCGAGCCGCUCCUCCUAUCGGAAAAAUUAGCAGCGGCAGUAGCCGCUGCACGGAUACAUUGGUAUGAGGUGGAGACAUGAUCUUGUUUUCUGCUUCAACAAAAUUGUUCAUACUUACACCCUAUGAGACCAUGAAUUACAAGACAAUACAAGCAACCAUGUUUCAUGUUAUAACUAAUGAGCAUGGAUUCAAGUAUAGAACUAUAUACGUUGACACUAGGGGGGUAGGAAACAGAACAUCAAAUGCAAAGCGCAGCUAAUUAAUUCUCGUAUGCAUAGUAUAUAUACACCUAGACAUAGAUUGUUUAUAUCACUAGAUAGAGUAGCUUUUCUAAUAUUCCUUUAGAUUACAUUAUAGUUUUUGCAGACAGGAUCUUAGUCCAUUUGACAGCUUUGUUGUAGAAUGAGAAAUCUGUCUAAUGUAAGGACUUUGUAAUUCCUAUAUUUUGUUAUUUAUGAAUUAUUAAUGGUUGAAUUUUGGAUAAA